UACAUGCUUUUCUUUUUUUUUUGCACUACAUAACUGACGCUUUCAUGAAGACAACAUAUAUGAGGUUGUCCCUUAAGCACAACCCACGACAAGUAAUCCGAGGUGGUUGUGGUGGUGGUCGUUGAGCCCGAGGAUCACUCCCCCGCUACCUGUUAUUCCGUUAACUUUUCCCUCCUCCUCCUUCUCCUUAUCGUCCCCGAAAGCUAGGGCAUCUUUUCGAGAGCCCGGUGAUCAUUCAUUCAAUCCUUUUGUUGGCCAUUGUUUUUGGCCUUGGUUUCCGGCAAAAGGCAGGCAGGCAGGCAGGCAGGCAGGCAGUUGUUUGCCUCCUCUUGCUGCUGCGGCGGCGGUGAAAUAGUUGUGUGUUUAUUUAUUGGUGAGAAAGUUGAGAGAAUAAUAAUACGAUGACGAAGACGAAGGGAAGGAUAUCGAGAAUUGGAAGCUAUGCAAUUGCGUCUUCCAAACUAGACGGCCACCACCAACAGCCAUGCAUUACCUGCACCACUUUCAACAUCCUCGCUCCCAUUUACAAGCGCCUCAACCAUGACGAUCCUGAUAGUCGAGAAAGCGAUCACAGAGCGUAUUGGCUGGCCAGGAACCAAAGGAUACUGGAUUGUUUGUUGGCUGAGAGAUCUUCCAUCAUUUGUCUUCAGGAGUUCUGGGUCGGAAACGAAGAGCUUGUGAACAUUUACGAGAAGAAACUUGGAGAUGCUGGUUAUAUCAAUCUCAAACUAGGACGAACCAACAACCGUGGCGAUGGUUUGCUGACCGCGGUGCAUAAGGACUACUUUAGAGUUGUAAACUAUGAAGAGUUGCACUUCAAUGAUUAUGGUGAUCGUGUUGCUCAGUUGAUACAUGUGGAAUUAGCUACUUUCCGAAACAACGACAUUCGACAAGAAAUUCUCAUCGUGAACACCCACUUGUUAUUUCCUCAUGACUCGAGUUUGUGUAUAGUUCGAUUGCAUCAGGUCUACAAAAUCUUGCAACAUUUAGAAUCUUAUCAGAAAGAGAACAAGCUUAAUCCCAUGCCGAUUAUUCUCUGCGGUGACUGGAACGGAAGCAAACGUGGACAUGUUUACGAGUUUCUUCGGUCCCAGGGGUUUGUAUCUUCUUAUGAUACUGCUCAUCAUUAUACCGAUGCAGAUGCACACAAGUGGGUUAGCCACAGAAACCAUAGGGGAAACAUAUGCGGCGUUGAUUUUAUAUGGCUUCUCAAUCCUAAUAGAUAUCGUAAGCUACUAAAAACUAGUUGGACUGAAGCAGUAUUUGGAAUGUUCAAGUAUCUACUACGAAGAGCUUCGCUGACAGCGGAUGAUGCCUUUGCUUUUCUGAAGACUGAUAAUCCUGUUGAUUACAUUACCUAUUCAGGUUUCUGUGAAGCACUUCGACAGCUUAACAUGACAGGUCAUUGCCAUGGACUUAGCCACGACGAGACAAAGGAUUUGUGGGUUCAAGCAGACAUAGAUGGAAAUGGUUUUCUUGAUUACAUAGAAUUUCAGCGAAUUUGGAAUCCUACGGGGUCAGAGCAGAAAGAUGAAAGCGGUAGUGACUGUGAUAGUGAUUCCAAGGGUAUUCAGGAACAAACAAUUGGUUUCAGUGUCAAAAACGCUGUUCUCUUCCCUCCUGAAGUGGAGAAAGGAACGUGGCCCGAAGACUACUCUCUUUCUGAUCAUGCACGACUCACUGUGGUUUUUUCACCAAUAAGAAUGCCUUGCUCUCAGAUGAUUCUCUGACAACCUCAAGCUCAGCAGUACUUGAAUGAAAAGAACUUUUAUCGGCGUUCCUCCUUUUUAAUUGUGUCUGUGUUCGAAGCUCAAUCUUUCGUAUACAAACGGGCAAACAUCAGUGAACUGGCCUUUGAUCUGCAACUGAAUAACAGAACUAGGAUCCGGAUUACACAUUUGGCCUUUCCAUUGUGCCCAUUGAUGUGGGAAAAAAAGAAGGAACCUAAGAAUAACAAAGAAGAGAACAACUUUGCCCACCCCCUAAAGUAAUCUAACUGCAAUCAACGGGGGCGUUUGAGCAUAACUCCCACUUUAGAAGGUGAGCAAAGUUGCACUUAACAAACAAAGAGUUGUAUAGCUGCUGUGCAUUUGUAAAGAUCCUAUAGAGUUGUAUAGCUGUCUGUGCAUAUAUGUAGGUUUGCAGCUAUCCCCUAUUUGUAAUUUUGUAGCAAUAUUGGUGAGAUGUACCAAAUUAGAGGCCUUUUUGUACUUUGCAAAUGCAUUCAGCAUCACUGUUAAUAACACACCAAUUGCAACUGAUUUUGCUCUUCUGCAACA